AAUCUGCAUGUCGAUUAUCACGGUUGCGUUUAAUGACGUAGAGCUGCCAUAUUUUUUCCGCGUAGGGCCUGCUAGGGGGUCAAUCAAAUUGUUGGGGUUCGGAGAGAUGUCUAUGCAAGAUGGUUUGUGAUAACCAAAUGGUGCGCGCAAUAAACAAUUGAGGAAAAUUGAGAGCAGGGUACGUCGUCGCGACAGGAAUUUUCUCAAAGCAUAACAAUGUGGUAUAAGGAGAUAACGAAUGCUAACAACAAUGGAAAUAUCCACUAUAGAUUGUGGUAAGGAACAGCCUUAUCAACAAAGAGACAUGUCGGAUUCGUCGCAAUACCUUUAUGGCCAUCCACCUCCUGAUAUUAUGCCAAAGGGACUAUCAAACAAUGGCAUCGGAGGAAGACUACGUCAACUCGAGGGCCUAUUUAUCGGUGGUCCUGUCCAAGGUGGACGGGUAGGUCAUACCAUUUCGAUCGAGACCCUUAUCGAUGUGUUGCUCGUGUUGUACGACGAAUGCUGCAACUCUUCGUUACGCCGUGAAAAGACUGUUUCUGAUUUUAUCGAAUUUGUGAAACCAAUUGCCUCGUGCAUAAAGAGUUUACAAUUGACGCGGGAGGACUUUGAAAUCGUUAAGGUCAUUGGCAGAGGUGCUUUCGGGGAAGUAUGCGUCGUGAGAAUGCGUGGAUCGGACAAGGUGUUCGCCAUGAAGAUCCUGAACAAGUGGGAGAUGCUGAAGCGCGCCGAGACCGCGUGCUUCAGGGAGGAAAGGGACGUAUUGGUGUACGGUGAUCGCAGAUGGAUCACGAACCUGCAUUAUGCCUUUCAAGAUGACAAUAACUUGUAUCUGGUCAUGGAUUACUAUUGCGGCGGAGAUUUAUUGACGUUAUUGAGUAAAUUUGAGGAUCGCCUGCCCGAAGAUAUGGCUCGAUUCUACAUAGCAGAAAUGGUGCUAGCUAUAGGUUCUAUACAUGACUUGCGCUAUGUACAUCGUGACAUUAAACCGGACAAUGUUCUGCUGGACGCGAACGGUCAUAUCAGAUUAGCUGACUUUGGUUCCUGUUUACGACUGUUCGAGGAUGGGACGGUGCAAAGUAACGUUGCAGUUGGCACCCCGGAUUACAUUUCACCAGAAAUAUUGAGGGCGAUGGAGGAUGGUCAGGGACAGUAUGGUCCUGAAUGCGAUUGGUGGUCUCUUGGAGUAUGCAUGUACGAGAUGCUUUAUGGUGAAACACCUUUCUAUGCCGAAUCUCUAGUCGAAACCUACGGAAAGAUUAUGAAUCACAAGAAUUGCUUUGACUUUCCUACGGACGUUAUGUACGAUGUUUCUGAAGAAGCCAAAGAUCUAAUGCGGAAGUUGAUUUGCAGCUCUGAAUUUAGAUUAGGCCAAAAUGGAAUUGACGACUUUAAGAAACAUCCUUGGUUCGAGGGAGUCGAUUGGAAUACUCUCAGAGAUAGCACCGCACCAUACAUUCCUGAAGUUUCCUCACCCAGUGACACGUCAAAUUUUGACGUUGACGAUAACGAUGUUCGCACCUCGGACGCUGUUCCACCGGCCGCAAAUUCGGCAUUCUCCGCGCUUCAUCUACCGUUUGUUGGCUUUAGUUUUACACAAGGAAGUUGCAUAUCGGAUCUGGGUUGUAUUUCUGCGCUAUCCCAGACAGAUAAACGCAUGCAGAUACUCGAGGAGGAGAACGCACGAUUGAUACAGACUAUCGAUGAUAUGAAAAAUUCAGGUGUAGGUCACUCUUCACCCGGCAUCUCACCUGAUUCCAAUAAUGCAACCAGAAAGCUUCAAGACGAGAUAAAUACGCUUACAAAACGCAAUUGUGAGUUGGAGUCACAGCUGAAGUCUAUGGAUGUUUCACGUGAACUACGAACUUUGGAUAACGGCGACAUGACAAAGUUCCGCGAGUUGGAGAAAAUGGUCCGAUGUCUGCGUCUGGAGAAGGAAGAAGCUGUCAAGGACAAAUUGGAUGCGCAGGAGAAACUGAAACUGCAGGAUAAGGAACUGAAGGAUGCGCUCACGCAACGUAAGCUCGCGAUGGCCGAGUACACGGAAGUGACGGACAAACUGUCCGAGCUGAGGCAACAAAAGCAGAAGCUAUCGAGGCAGGUUCGGGACAAGGAAGAAGAAUUAGAGGUCGCUAUGCAAAAGGUCGAUACUUUACGACACGACAUACGGAAAGCUGAGAAACUGCGUAGGGAGCUGGAGAAUCGAAUCGACGAGGCGAUGGCGGAGACCAGCAAGGAAAGGAAAUUACGGGAACGCAGCGAGGAGUAUUGCAAGCAGAUGCAGGAGGAAACGGAGAAGAUCAGGCAGCGUUCUCUCGGAAAUGAUACCAGUGGGAAUCACGCUCUAGCAACCCAGGAGAUUAAUAGGUUAAAGGCAGAAGUUGAAAAACUGGAGGUCCAGUACAACGAGAACUUGACUCAGCAACAGAGCAGGUUUAAUCUCGAGAUUCGAAGCCUGCAGGAACAGUUGCACGAGGCGGAGACCAGGAGGGAGUUAUUGGAGAGAGAGGUGCAACUGACGAAGGAGAAACUCGACGCCGCGAGAUUGGAGAACAUCACCGACAGCGAGGAAACCAUAAACGAGUUGAGCAGACGCCACGAGAGAGAGAAGAUCAUGCUGGUCGAGGAGAACAAGAAGCUCGUGCUGGAGCUUGGUGCGCUCACCGACAGCGUCAACAGAUUGCAAGGUGAACGGAGACAAUUGGAGGACGAGUACGAGGAAUUGAGGAAUAAGAAGGAAGCCAUUGCGCAAUGGGAAGCUCAGAUCACCGAGAUUAUUCAAUGGGUGUCGGAUGAAAAGGAUGCUCGUGGAUACUUGCAGGCUCUAGCUACGAAAAUGACGGAGGAAUUGGAAUUCUUAAAACACUCGGGUGGAGUGAGCGGCGUCGGAAGCGGAACUACCAUGUCGGACAAAAAUUGGCGAAAUCGACGCUCGCAGAAACUCGAUAAAAUGGAGCUUCUGAACUUGCAAAGUUCCCUGCAGAGCGAGAUACAAGCGAAGCAGGCAAUCUCCGAGGAGCUCACGAAGACCCGCUCGGAUUUGAUAGCGGCACAAAAGGAAUUGAGGGAUUUCAAGCAGCGAUUGGAUACCAUGUCGCACGAAUUGAAGCGGAAAGAUAUGCAAGUAAAAGAAUUGCAAGCACGUCUCGAUACUGGAGAUGGCUUACGGUAUGCGAUUCUGAUUUCUAGACUACAAAGUGCCUCUGUUUAUUGGCGUAACGAGCUGCGUGUGGGGCCUCUUGUUGCUCAUCUUCAAACUAUAUUUGUGACAGCUGUCUCAUCCAGCAACACAUCAAGCAAAUCUCCAAACAUCGUUAGCACCAAACCCCAACGUAUCAUCGUACAUCAGCCGUCGUCACCCCUACCAGUAAUGCGUGCCCCCCGCAUCACGACUUGUCGCUUAUUAACUAGAUUCGUUCCAGUCAACACGUUCAUCAGUCAGAAUGCCGUCGCCAUCGUAUCGCCGCCCGUUUUAGAACGUCCUACAUCACAGAUGUCAUAUCUCGAGCACUUCCUUAAAGAAACAACAAGUAGCACACGUCACGGAAGUGUCGACAGUGUAGAAGGUGACAUCGAGGACAAUCGUGCACUCAGUAUUACGAGCAGCAAAAGUAAUUUGUCUGAACUUAGUAUCGAUCCAACAUCGCCGUUAUCCCACGAACUUCUGAACAAAUCUUCCACCCAUGGUCAAGCCAAUCUACAACCAAAGCCGAAGUCACAUCAAUUUCUUGUACGGACAUUCUCAGCACCUACGAAAUGUAAUCACUGUACGUCUCUAAUGGUUGGUUUGACGAGGCAAGGAGUCGUAUGUGAAGUGUGCGGCUUCGCGUGCCAUAUGCCUUGUUGCGAUAAAGUACCUCCAAUGUGCCCUGUACCCCACGAUCAAACCAAACGACCACUGGGAAUUGAUCCGACUCGUGGGAUAGGUACUGCGUACGAAGGAUACGUCAAAGUGCCAAAAAUGGGUGGUGUGAAAAAGGGUUGGGUGCGUCAAUUCGUCGUGGUUUGCGACUUUAAAUUAUUUCUCUAUGACAUUUCGCCAGAUCGCAAUGCUUUGCCUUCUGUGUACGUUUCACAAGUUCUGGAUAUGCGAGACGAAGAAUUCAGUGUCAGCUCCGUUCGUGAUUCUGACGUAAUACACGCUACAAAGAAGGACAUUCCGUGUAUAUUUAGGAUAACGACGUCACUAUUGGAGCCCCCUGGAUUGAGAAAUCAUACGUUAAUGUUGGCAGAUACGGAGAGCGAAAAGACAAAAUGGGUAGUAGCUUUAAGCGAGCUUCAUAGAAUUUUAAAAAGGAACAAUCUUCCAAACACAACGAUUUUUAGAGCGAAAGAGUUAUUGGACAAUACCUUGGCAUUUAUUAAAAAUGUGAUGUCAGGAGCAAUUAUUGAUCCGGAUCGUCUAGUCAUUGGGACAGAGGAAGGUCUCUUCUGUCUUGAUUUAGAUCGUAGUGAAAUUGCAAGAGUUGGGGAAGGGAAAAAGAUAUAUCUCCUCGAAUACGUUACUGAAGAGCAAUUGAUCGUGGUAUUGAGUGGAAAGCAACGUCAUGUACGGCUGGUUCCAGUACGUGCCUUGGAUGGGGACGAGGUUGAAUGGAUUAAAGUUGCAGAGACCAAGGGAUGCAUUACGUUGGCGACAGGAGUAGUGCGUCGUAAUCCACUUACUUAUUGUUUAUGCGUUGCAAUAAAGAAGCAAAAUGCAUCGCAGAUUAUCAUGUACGAGAUAACGCGUACGAAAACGAGACAUAAGCGUAUACGCGAAUUAAUGUUACCGUGCCACGCGCAAACCCUGCAAAUAUUCUCGGAAGGGCGCCUAUGCGUUGGCUAUCCGUCUGGUUUUUCGAUUUACAGCAUUUUAGGGGAUCAUCAUCCUAUUUCUUUGGUCCACGCUGAGAACACACUGUUAGGUUUUCUCACUUAUAGCGCCGUGGAUGCGCUACGUUGCAUCGAAUUAACGCGCGGUGAGUUCUUGUUAGUCUUCCAUACGUUAGCGGUAUACGUCGAUAAUCAAGGAAGAAAGAGUCGAGACCGAGAGAUAAUGUAUCCCGCAGUUCCUACGGCAGUUAGUUAUUGCGAAGGAUAUCUGUUAGUAUAUAGUGAGACGCACAUCGACGUAUUUGACUGUACAUCUGGAGACUGGUUACAAACGCUUAACGUGAAACGGGCUCGUCCGUUAAAUAUUUCCGGUUCUCUCACGUCUUGCGUAAUAAAUGACAUGCCGUAUGUCAUUUAUCUCAGUAAUUUACAUCAGCGAGAACUAUUAAAUCUGACACCGCUGGAUGCGAGCGGCAGACAAAUGACAAGGCCGCGACGAAGGUUCUCAUUGAGAGAAGGCAACAGAGCCGUUCGCCCGACGGACAGGCGCUCGAAAAUGAUUUCCGCGCCGACUAAUUUCAAUCAUAUCAGCCACAUGGGUCCAGGAAAUGGAAUACAGAUACAACGUUUAUUAGAUCUACCCACGACAUUAGAAACGGCUGAUCAACAACACUCGAGUCAUCAUAGUUCCCAUCUUCACAGUAGUCAGCAAAGAUUAUAUGAUUCUACGCUUCAAACACCGAGUAAGCCGGCACCGUUGCCUCCCAGGCAUCCCCCUUCGGACACGCGUCGUCUGAGUUCGCAUAUGUCAAGAAACUCUGGAUAUUCGCCGCACAACGGUUCGACGACUUCACGAAGAGGUCCUGCACCACCGCGACCAAGUGCCACGCCACCUUCCUUACCGCGCACUCCAGUGGACCAAAUCGAUUCCGAAUCGGUACAUUUGCGUUCACACACUCCGCUCUCUCUUGGUAGUAUCGCGUCCUUGCACAACAAGGAGCAUCCAUCCGGUGGUAGUCCUAGACACUCGAUAGCUUCAAAUAACAGUUCAAAUCCAUCAACGCCACCGAGUCCCGCUCACGAUCAUGGGUCAUCGUCGUAUGAUUCAUAAAUCGAACGCUCGCGGAGACUUCUCUAGGCAAACGGUAUGUAUCUAGUACCGGCAUGCUUGAAAAGCUAUCGAUUUGUUACAUACGCGCGCACGUGCGCGUCCCUACGAUAUAUAUUGUACAUGUUAAGCUCACGUGUAUUCACUUAGCUCCUUUCUUCCCUGUUUCCUUGCUGUUGAAAAUAUAUUGUGAUGAUUGUCGCAUCGUCACUGCGAUGGAUGGUCAAUGAACAGUCAAUACGUGAAGCACGAUUAUUAUUAUUCGACGACCGGAGAUUUAGUUUUGCGAAUCCGAGCCUAACGUGUAUAAUCAUAUAUUUUGGAUGUGUACUUUGCAAACACGCAGUACUCGAUCACGGUAUCACGGCGUUUGAUCUUCUGGAAUCUGAAGGAGUUAUCCCGCGGUAUUGUCUUACCGUCGUGCAAUAUAAUUAAGCAUACUUAAUGUUACGCAGUAAAUGAGUCAAAUAAGUAUCAUAAUCGUGCGCUUUGACGAGUAAUACACUGGUGCGCUGUGUGCGAUUGUGCAUAUAUAAAUAUAAAUAUAUAUAUAUAAACUAUAGAAACUUUUGUUCACGAAAUGUCAAUGCAAUCAUGCAUUAUUAUAAUUUUCUGAUUAAGAGUUUAUAUGUAAUAAUUUAUGAUGCACUCAACGAAGAAAUCCAUCAAUUAAUGUAAUCGUAUAUAAAUUAUUGUAAAUAUUUUAUGCACCUGACGAUCGUUAGUCCGCUUUGCGAUGCCAUAUCUAUUUCUUUCGAACAGUCGUCAUUCUUUAUUUCGACGCAGAUAUAACUUGGCAUACAACAACAAAAUUGGAAUCUCAGUCAAAUUAACUAGCAAUAAAAAUUUAAACUAUUUAAUGUAUCGUACGUAUUCUCGACUUUAGAUGAGAACAUUAGCUACAAACGUAUAAAUAUUAUUAACUUAAUUACCGUUAUACCCGGAAUAGCUGCGCGAUUUUUUACGACGUGAUUAGUCGUGCGGGGAGUAUUCUAAUAGCGGUACACAUCUCGUGAGAGAGGGUGACCUCUCGUUUUCAUCAAUUUUUAAUAAUAAUCGAGUAACGUUUAUAAUAACGAUUAAGAGUUUAUUAUUUGACUACAACUAAAGUAGUAAAAUCGGAAAUUUACUACUGACAAGAUUACAAGAUCGUUCGAUUUUCCGUGAAAAGGGUACUCACGACAUCCCGCGCGACUAUUUUCACUGUUUAACGAAUUACAUAACAAAUUAGAUGGAGCGCGAAUCGAUUCGAUGCCUUAUGACUAAAUGUUUUCUAUCGCGUCAUAAUGCACUAAUGUACAUGGUAUUAUUCGGCGUGUGAAUAGUAAAAUGAAUCGUGUAAUGUGUUGCGAGCUCCCGCUGAUAAUAAGUAGUUGUUAAGAGAGACCGAUUGCGCUCACUACGUGUGCGCUGUAAUACGUGCAUACGCGACGCCGUGUCAGGGAAUACACGACAGAAAUAUACAUCGUGUGUACGUACGAAUGUACCCCAACUAGAAAAAUAGGACGAGAGAGUACUGUCUUUUGCCGAUUUAUCCGUUCAUUCUUUCAUCGAAGGCAUAAUUAUGAUUAUAAUACAGAAUUUUAGCGCGGAUAAUUUGACAGCAUUAGCAUAUAAAUAAGAAAACGAACGUUAUACUCUGGCGAUUACUAAAUAUAUAAACAACUACACUUAAAUAUAAGUGCAAUGUGUCGGAAUUUAAGGACAAUGCGAGGAAAGUGCGACGAAAGGGCGGCGAUGAAAUAGUUUCGUUGAAUCAGGGUGUCCUAAAUUGUUCUCUUGUAAAUUAAUGUAUUGCGAAUUAGAUUUUAAUACAACACUGACGCGACGUGUAUGUUAUACGGGACUACAAUAUGCUUUCGUUACUUUUAUAUUAGUGGGUAAAGUGCCAGUACGUAAGGUGUAGACCAAAUGGGAUUAAUUUAUUUCGACGCGACGACCAGUAUAUAUUCGUGCUUUGUAAUUAAACAAUUUGUACGUUACUAUCGGUUUUCCUUUUUGUAACUAUAGUUAUUUAAGGAUAAAACAGGAGGGAAUUAAAUUCGAUUCGAGACGCUCGGAAACAAUUGAACACGUCGCGUACGUUUCGAGAUAAUAGAAAAUAUACACGUUUCUAUGUAUAUUUACUGAAAAAAGGACAAAAAAAGACAGUUACAAAGAAAUCAUGAGGGUUGGUACAAGAAAAUAAAUGUCUCAGGACUCUAUGCCAGUAGCUUAAGUACGGUAUAACAUUACUUAGUGAUCGGGAGACCCGAACAAACUACUGAUUGUAAUAAUUACGUUUGUCACCGUGCGCCUCUUUUUUAAUGGAAUUUUCUAACUCGCAAAAGCACAGCUCACUUUGAUGCAAAACUGAAAAAGACGAGCGUAUCUAAAAUAAGAGAACAAGACGUGUCGCGCGACGUUCGAGAAACAUUCGACUGUACUUUAAAAACACUCACACACUUCUCUCGCUCCUGAAUAUACUAUUAUUAUAGGCUAUUACAGAUUUAAUGGCCACAUUCUAAAUAGAUGGAACAGAUGUCAAUGCUAAAGGACGAUCGAUACAAUCGUCAAUAGAAAAAGAUUGCGCCGUGUAUAAUGCACCGUUGCUCCGUGCUAAAGUAAAUGGAAUCAGAAUGAGGUUUCGAGUGAACGAUGAUUGUAAUCGAGAGAGAGAUAUACAUACGAAACGAGCGUAUCUUACUGUACUUACAGAAUUCAAUGAUCUGCCUAUCUCUUCCGUGUGUGCGCGCCCGCGCCCGCGCGCGUACUGUUACUUAAGGUUUGUAAGAUGAGGGAUAACUUGACCGUUCGUGUUUUGUUGUUUCGUCAUUUUGUCAAGCUCUUGGCGAUCGAUCGACGCAUCGACACGCGAAAGGAAUUAUCAUUUUUUUGUACAUAGCAUUGAUUUCUUGUCUUAGCACCUCUUGUAACUUGAUUUCAGUCUUCUCGGAUCUUUUGUUUUUGAGACGUACUCCCAGUGAUCCCGUUGACUUUCGAGCCUAUCGUUAUUUAUAUAUAAUACCAAACGUACUCCGUGGGGCUACUAAAAAGGAUAUCCAGUUUACCGUUUUACAUGUAAAAACAAAAAUAUCACGAUAUCACAAUACAUAUAUUGUUUUUAUCAAGUAUCGAAAUGUACGGCAUUCUGCGCGACAAUAGAUUAUAUAUUAUGUAUACAGAAUGACUAGCAUUUUUUAUAUAUAUGUAUAAGUCGAUAGUUAUCUUCUUCACCCUGUAUAAUCCAGUUCUUUGUCAUUUUUCAUGUAAUAUUACAAUGUUCUAUUUUUGGUUGAACUUUUGCGGAAUCACGUACAUUAUUACCACUGCACGUCGAUCAAUUCUCCGUCAAUCGAUUUUUGAAAACAAUUUUGCCCAAGAGAGAAAUCGAAGAAUAACAAUGUACGACGUCAGUUAUUCGUUAUUUGUAGAUCAAGAUGCGCUAAACAAUUCAAUAAUAAUUGGGUUAUAAAGGGUCGAAGAAAUACAGCAUCUUAAGUGUUCUAUUGUUAAUCCCUGUCGGCGUAAAAUAGAUAAGAUAAUUCAUCAUUUUCCAAACAAUUAGAUUAGCAUUUUUCUUUCUCUCUCUCUGUCUCUUUCUUUCUAUCAUAUUAUUUAUAACAAUAUAUGCAUCGUUUGCAAUAUUUAUUAAAAUCAUAAAACAUUUGCGCCUUGGGUGAAAGUUGUAUUUUAUUGUAAAUUAUCGCGUGUGACCUAUCAUUAGUCAGAGAGGAGACUAAACUUUAUAUAUUUAGUACUUCGCCCGUAAUGAACGCCUGUUUUUUUGUAGAUUUUAUAUGAUAGUAUUUAUAUCGUUUGUCUUAUCUUCCUUCGCAUGGGAAACCUACGAAAAGAAACGAGGUAGCGAAACAUACACUAUACAGUUAUUUUAUCCAUCGAGAAACGAGUUAAUUUUCCUGUGUAGAAAAACUAUAUUAAUAAAAAUAAAGUGAAAAGC